AUGUCCUCCUCCACUCGUGCCAAGUAUAACCUCACCGAAGACCCUCAGGCUGUCCCUCAGUUCCUCCUCGAUGCCUAUGUUUGGAGGUUUCAUGUUGAAUUCCUUGAGCUAAACUGGGAGGGUAUGACGGCCACGGAGACGGAAAAGGCAAAAAAUCAUGUUAUUCUGAAGGUUGACCUCAUUCAUGAAGUUGAGGGUAUCAAAGGGGUACGUCUGGAUAUGAGAAUUGGCGAUACCUGCAGCAGUACUGAGUCGGAUGAUGGCAAAACGAGAUAUAAGCUUGGUAAGCUUAUUGUUCACCCUGUUGAUUAUGAGAAAUCAUCUGCUCGUUCGGUCCGUACUUGCAGCAUUGAGACCGGUCGAAACUUUAAGUUCGGCGAGAUCAUCAUCGCCCUCACUGCUUCUCGUAUCCAGGAUUUCCACUUUGUCGAUAUCGGCGACAGUAUUCAAGCCCUACAUCUGCUAAAAGCAGAAGAACUCGUAGGAUCGAGGAUUAUCGAGUCGUUCCCAGACAGUCCCGCAAUUGGCAAUGACAUCUACCGAGUCUUGGGACUACGCUUCACACCUGAGGGGAGCGUCGAAUGCCCUAUCGACAAGGGAUAUUUCAGCACUUAUCAACGCCAGGAAACCGGCGACAUGCCAUACGCUAGGUAG